AAUCCUUUCUGCUCUCCUAUACUCAACUCAACCCCAUCCUGAAAACAACCAAUCUAUACUCCUAGAUAACUUCACAACCAUCAACAUGCGCUUCUCUAUCGCCGCCGCUUCCGCCGCUCUCCUCGCUCUCGCUGAGGCCCGCAUCACCGGUAUCAAGGUCCCCAAGGAGAUCGCAGUCGGUGAGCCCUUCGAGGCCAUCAUCGUUCGUGAGAACUACAUCCAAAGCGUCUUCGACUCCUCCAUCGUCUUUGGCUAUGCUCCUGAGUCUCAAUACCCCGGCACCAUCGGUCAAGUCGCCAAUUCCUUCGCCCUCGGAAAGAAGGAGUCUAACAAGGUUGAGCCUCUGAAGAAGAAGCUCACCAUCCCCGAGGGCGCUACCAAGGGCAAGGGCCUCGUCACCGCUGCUCUUCUCAGCAUCUACGGUGCUUCUGGAAGCCCUACCAUCAGCGAGUACAAUGUCACCGUCACUUUUGGUGACAAGACUAGCAAGGAGUAUGCUAGCUCAUCAUGAGUUGUUAGAGUUUGAUGAACUAUGUCAGGGGAUAAAACCUUGACGUGGUGGUGUUGAAUAUGGAGACUGGAUGGGGAUCGUCUUGUGUAGACAAGUCAAAUUUCCCUGGUCUGCAAAUGAACUGUUUAUAUCUUCUUAUCACAUUUUGCAUAUUAGAACAUAGACCUUGCUUAUGAAAAUAUUUGAGUAUAUAAAUCCUGAUGCCUAUCCUAUACUCUUCUGUGCUUCCUUCUUUGUAUUAGCGA